CUGUCCCGCCUAUGCCGCGUUGGAUUGUGGGAUAGAAUCCUUGAAACGACAACAAACUAUCUUCGCCGUUACCUCCGAAGAUAACUUCGUUUUUGUAAUAUAUGAUUAAUAUAUCAUAAGCGUUUUGUACCAAACCAGAUAGAAAGAGAAAUGGAAAAUGUGCAUCUGGCUGUGGAGGAGGAGGAUCUUUAUUCCGGCUACAACGAUUAUAAUCCAACAUUUGACUCUGAGGAGUUGGAGAAUGACGUGGGCUUCCAGCAAGCAGUGAGGACAAGUCAUGGAAGAAGACCUCCUAUGACUGCCAAGUUUCCUGGCACUGCCAUUGGAGCUCGACCUCUAGCUUCUUCCUUUGGAUCUCGGAUCCCCAUGGCCUCUUCAAUGGGCAGACCAAUGACUGGAGCUGUGCAGGAUGGAGCAGCCCGACCAAUGACUGCUGUCAGAGCAGCAGGUUACACCUCCUCCAUGACCCGAGGCUCGACCUUUGACCCUCUGGGCCAGUCCAAAGGCCCUGCACCUCCACUUGAAGGAAAGAAUGAGGACACGCCCGAGGAGAAGAUCAAGAUCCUGGAGAAGAAAGUGAAUGACCUGAUAGAAGAGAGCUGCAUGGCACAGAGCAUCGGAGCCUUACAACUGGCUCUUGAAAAAGCUAAAGAGGCAGGGAGGAAGGAGAGAACUCUGGUGAGACAGAGGGAACAGUCUGGCAACGCAGACCACAUCAAUUUAGACCUCACCUACUCUGUUUUGCUGAACCUUGCCAACCAGUAUGCGAACAAUGAAAUGUACCCAGAGGCUCUAAACAGCUACCAGGUCAUCGUGAAGAACAAGAUGUUCAAUAACGCAGGCCGCCUGAAAGUCAACAUGGCCAACAUCUACGUCAAACAGAAGAGCUACCCCAAAGCCAUCAAGUUCUAUCGAAUGGCUCUGGAUCAGAUCUCCAACGCUCACAAGGAGAUGAGGAUCAAGAUCAUGCAGAACAUCGGUGUGGUCUUUAUCCGCAUGGGCCAAUACUCAGACGCCAUAACAUCUUUCGAGCACAUCAUGAGUGAGAGCCCCAACAUCAAGACGGGCUUCAACCUCAUCCUGUGCUACUACGCCAUCGGAGACAGGGAGAGGAUGAAGAAGGCCUUUCAGAAGCUCAUUUCUGUUCCUCUGGGAAUCGAUGAUGAAGACAAGUACAUCCCACCUAAUGAUGACACCGGCUCAAGUAUGGUCAUCGAUGCCAUAAAGAACGACAAACUUCACCAGAUGGAGAGAGAUCUAAAAGUCCUGGCUGAGAAGUACAUCAUGACUGCAGCCAAGCUCAUUGCUCCAGCCAUUGAGACAUCUUUUGCAACAGGAUUUGACUGGUGUGUGGACAUGGUGAAGAGUUCUCAGUAUGUUGAGCUUGCCAACGAUCUGGAGAUAAACAAAGCGAUCACCUACCUCAGACAGAAGGACUUCAACCAGGCAGUGGAGACGCUAAAGACAUUUGAAAAGAAGGACAGCAGAGUGAAGAGUGCUGCAGCCACCAACCUCUCUUUCCUCUACUUCCUGGAGAAAGACUUUGACCAGGCUGACCGAUACGCCGACCUCGCCAUGAACGCUGAUCGCUACAACCCAGCAGCUCUUAUCAACAAAGGCAACACUGUGUUCGUCAAGCAAGACUACGAAAAGGCUGCAGAGUUCUACAAAGAAGCGCUGAGGAAUGAUUCCUCCUGCACCGAGGCCCUCUACAACCUGGGUCUAACCUAUAAGAAACUGAACCGACUGGAGGAGGCUUUGGACUGCUUCCUGAAGCUCCACGCCAUUCUGAGAAACAGCGCUCAGGUCAUGUAUCAGCUGGCCCACCUCUAUGAGCUUCUGGAAGAUCCCCAGCAGGCCAUUGAGUGGUUGAUCCAGGUCCUGAGUGUAACUCACACUGACCCCCAGGCACUGGCCAAGCUGGGUGAGCUCUACGAUGGGGAGGGGGACAAGUCCCAGGCUUUACAGUACUACUACGAGUCCUUCAGGUACUUCCCCUCCAACAUCCAUGUUAUCGAGUGGCUCGGGGUUUACUACAUUGAGGCACAGUUCUGUGAGAAGGCUAUCCAGUUCUUUGAAAGAGCCACACUUAUUCAACCAACCCAGGUGAAAUGGCAGCUAAUGGUAGCAAGCUGCUACAGAAGAAGUGGAAACUACCAGAAAGCACUGGAAACGUAUAAAGACAUUCACCGCAAGUUUCCAGAAAACGUGGAAUGCCUUCGUUUCUUGGUGAGAUUGUGCACAGAUAUGGGUUUGAAGGAAGUCCAAGAAUACUCCACCAAGCUGAAGAAGGUGGAGAAGAUGAAGGAGAUAAAGGAACAGAGGGUGAAGUCAGGGCGCGAGGGCAGUGCCCGAGGUCGGAGAGAAGGCAGAGAGGGCAGUGCCGGGAGUGCCGUCUCCACACCUGUCCUCACUCCUCCGAAGAAGGCCAGCAUUAUCGAGACGGAUGUUAAAACAGUAACUCAACCUGAGUCUAAACAACUCAGUCCGCUGUUGGACUCAGGGAGAGACAGUGGCCACAGCAGCAACAGCACUAAAGGGGAGCGGCUGAGCGCCAAGAUGAGGUCACUUCCUGGCUCCAAUGAGCCCUACGAGACCAGCAGCCCAAAAGAAAUAGAUGCAUCCUACGUGGACCCACUUGGGCCUCAAGUUGAGAGACCAAAGACGGGAGCAAAGAAGCGCGUAGAGGACGACGAUUUUGCAGAUGAGGAGCUGGGAGACGACCUGCUACCGGAGUAGCUGCCUCCACCUACCUCUCAGCUCUACAGAGGAAAAAAAAACAUUAUAGGAGAAAGAAAUUAUUUUUCAAUUUCAUGUGCAUCUUGUACUCUUGUUACUUCUGAGUCUAGAAGUGAGAUGUCUUCACUUCCAACUGACCUUCAUCUGAGUAACUUUGCUUCAAGAAAAGUUAUAGUAAAUAGUUAUUCAUAUAAAGGAGGAAUAGCUGUAUGUAUGGACUGAAUGCACACACGUCUAGCAGUCUGGACAGUUUUGUUUUGGCUCUCAACUGCAACAUGAUUUGAGAAGGUUGAAAAAAAUAACAAUGAGUUUAAAGUGUUGAUGUUUAACUUCAUCUGGUAUGAAUGUAAACACGUUCAAACUCAAGUGUAUAGAAAUUAUAGACCUUUUUGGACAAACUGUUCCUCCCAGGAGUAAACAAGUUAUUUACUGUUAACACAGUGUCUAAACACCCUAAAAGAUGUUUGCCUUUUAACCUCAGUAAUUCUUUUCAUUUUGAGCUGGAGCCAAAACAAUGAAAAACAUCUAGCUGUUGUAAUUUUUGAGUGCAAUGUAUAUUUCCAUAUGUGUGUGUGAGCCUGGGAACCUUCUGGAAAAUCCAUCAAAUUUAUAUAAUCCGUCCAUUUCAGUUUACUUUUUACACUGUGUACUUAUUCCACAAAUGUCUAUUUGUAUUAUAAUAUUUAUUUUAUCUUGUUUUAUUAAUGUUCAUUUAUAUAAAUAAAAGAGAAAAUGUUUUAUCUAUUUAUGAAAAA